AUGGGGACCAUUCUGUCACUAUCACCGUCGUCUAGGAAGACCACUAUUGUGGUUGACGGACCGCAUGAUCCCGGCGAUAAUAGCCUUAAGAAACAUUCUGUCCUGGAAUCAGCCUUCUCGUUCAAACGGUUUAUUACUUUCUCGGGCAGGAGGAAGAAUAACAAAAAAGUUAACCCGGAGGAGACCGAUGGAGAGCAACCGAACACUGCAAACGUGAAGCGAACACACUUGGCUCCAGAACCAUUGCAAUUACCUGUAUCGUCGCCAGCGGCACCCAAAGCGAGCCCAAAGCCAAACGGCAACGCACUGUCAUCUGGAAGUGGCAAAAAGAUUAUUGCCGUGCAGAAACAAUCUAGCCAGCUGUCCCUGGUUUCUCCCAGAAAGGUGAUCGUUCAAGCAUCGACCGGGGAACUCCUGCGCUGUCUCGGAGAAUUCUUUUGCAGACGGUGUUUUAAACUCAAAGACCUAAACCCGAACGAGCUUGUGGUUUGGUUCAGAAACGUAGACCGAACCCUGUUGUUGCAAGGUUGGCAGGACCAGGGCUUCAUCACGCCAGCUAGCCUGGUGUUUGUCUAUUUGAUCUGCAAAGAAACUGUCACUGAGGAUGUGGACAAUCGUUCCGAACUUCAUGGCAUCUUUCUGACUUGCUUGUAUCUGGCUUACUCUUACAUUGGCAAUGAAAUCUCUUACCCCUUGAAGCCUUUCAUUGUUGAGGGCAACAAGGACACUUUCUGGGAUCUGUCGCUGGGCGCCAUUGAUAACAUCAGUGAUAAAAUGCUACAGAUCAAUAUUGAUCCGCAUUACUUCACUGAAGUGUUUCAGGAGCUGAAAAGCGAAUGGGAGCCAACCGACGGAAAGGGUCUGGAUCGCUAA